AUGCUCAAGUUUCACAUCUUGUCUUUCUUCAUGUCCAUUUAUUACUAUUCCAUCUAUAGUAUGACGGAACUUCAGGAGUGUCUUUUUGGUCAAGCUCCUUUUGCAUCCAAAAGUUUUCAAGAAUUGGAAGAAAAAAUCAUUGACUCUAAGCCAAUAGAGCUUCCUUAUGGUGUAGAAGUAUCAGACAAAUGCCGAGAUAUAUUAUUACAAUUGUUAAAGAGGGUUCCAGAUGAACGAAUUCAAUUUACUGAAUUUUUCUUCCAUCCAUUUAUUGAUCUAGAACAUGCGCCUUCAUCUACUUCUUUGGAAAAAGCAAAAAGAAUUGUCAAUGAAGCUGUUCAUGAAGAUGAAAUAGGAAAUAUCCAUACUGCUGUUAGACUCUACAGUGAUGCCCUUGAACAUUUUGUUGCUGCCAUCCGUUAUGAAAGACAUUCUAUAAAGAAAGAAGCUCUAAGAGCCAAGGUUCAAAGCUAUUUCAACAGAGCUGAGGAACUGAAACAAAUGAUAAAACCUAAAGCAUCUCUUGCGAGGAGUUUUUCUGUAAAUAGUAACAGUUGUUUAAGUAAUAAUUCAUCAACCACAAAAACACAGAAUGAAUUAAUGGUGUUGGCAAAUAAUGAAGAAGAAUUGUUGAAAGCAUUAAAAGAAAUAAAAAUUGCUGAAACAGAAAUUAUCGAAGAAAAAUAUAAGAGUGCUUUGAAACAUUAUGAAGAUGCAUUAGAAGUUUGUUUGCAGUUAAUUCAAACUGAGCCAAGUGGAAGACGAAAAGAACUACUUUGUGCAGAGGUUAAAAAGUCUAUGUCUCAAGCUGAGCAGAUUAAAAGAUACCUAUCUGUCCACAGUGAUUUGGGUACUGAUGAAAUCACACUACAGGAAAAAAAAGCUCACGAUUCUAUAGACCAAUGCCUACUUCAGUAA